GAGGCGUUGCAACGGCGUCUACUGUUUACUUCCGGUGUGGGUCUUCCUGUGGACAAGUGAGCGUCGCCAGCAAGACAAAUCUCUCCCCCAGCAAAGGAAACUAACCAGCCCACUCAGCCGGUUCACCUCCGUCACCAACAGCAACAACAGUCCGUUAAGAAAAGAAAAGAAAACAUGAACAUCCUUCCGAAGAAGAGCUGGCACGUGCGCAACAAAGACAACAUCGCGCGCGUGCGGAGGGACGAGGCCCAGGCAGCGGAGGAGGAGCGCGAGGCCCAACGCCGUGUGGAGCGCGCGGAGCAGGAGGCACGCACAGAGUAUCUGAGGAAGAAGGCCCGAGCUGCUCUCGAGCACACAGAGGGCAGGAGCGAUGGUGAUGGUGACGAUGGUGAAGAGAGGGGUGGAGGGAGUCGAGCUCUGGAGCAUCUCAACCUUUUUCCUCUGGAGGAAUCCUCUGAGAAGAAGGGCAAUGAGGAGUACCUCAAAGAAAAGAGAGACGAAAAGGAGCGGCAGGAGCGUGCCAUCGGCCUGCUGGUGUCCCUCGGACCCCAGCCGGGGUCAGAGGUGACACCGUGGUACAUGAAAACCAUCAAAGAAAAAGAAGAGAAGAGUGAAAAAGACAGAGACAAGGGAAUGAGAAAGGGAAUAAGUGAAGAGGAGAGAGAGAAGAAAGACCGCAGGCUGAAGGAUAGUUUGGACCCCUUGAAAGAUAUGAAGAAAGCAUUAGCUGUAAAGGACAGAAAGGAACACAAGAGCAAGAAGAAGGACAAAAGAGAGAAGGGGGAGAAGAGGAGCAGAGGAGAAAGCUCCAUAGAACAGUUACGUGCCGAGCGUUUACGCAGGGAGGCUGAGGAGAGGAGGAGAGCCCAGGCCCUGCUGGACCAGAGGAGCGGCAAAGGGAAGGACAAGGAGCCAGCGAGGGAAAUACAGGAGAGGGACCGGCCGUACAACAGCGCUUAUUUUCCACAGCUCGCUCGGAAGCGUCAAAGAAGGGAUCAAGAGAGCUGGAGGGAUGAAAUUUUAAAGUCCUGAUCUGAAACUCUUGAGUCUGAACUCUGAACUGUUCACAGAUGGGCCUGUGUGACUUGCAAUAUGUAUGUGAUUAAUGUGAGAAAAGAAACUAAAGAGCAAAAAUCGUCACCUCUUUGCCUCCAAAAUCAAAGCAAAUGUAAUUCUACAGGGAAACUGUAACCCGGGAGGUUCAUAGCCACUGUGCUUGUAAUGUUGUAAUGCGAUCUAUGAUUCACGUGUUGUGUGAAGUUAUGAUAUCUGAACCGGACUAAGUGGUUUGUAGGUUACUAUUCCUCAUUAGAAGCGUUUUUCUUUCUUGUGAUACUUCAUUGAUCCCUGAAGGAGAAUUCCUGCCUGCCCUCUUCCACCCAGAGGUCAGAGGUCAGGCUCAGCUCCUGCUGCCUGCACCACUGGAGCUGGCAGGGAUCUGAGUGUUUUGUUCAAGGGACCUUCAGCAGGGCAGACGGUUGCUGUCACCGGGGGCUUCAGCAAACAAAACACUCAAUGUCACACUGUGUUGGCACUGCUUCGCUACUUACUGUGAAUACUUUAGAGGUUAGAUGGUUUAGUAAUCUAAAACCAGACAACAUCGAUCGAGCCAUAACCUUUUAGUAGAGGCAGUUUCCCUUAAGACUACAAACAUUUCUGCUACAAGGUUUUUUAUUUAUAAGAAACGGAGAGGUUGAGAAAGUUUGCCACUCUGUUGCUUUUAUGUUUACUUUAUUAUUUCCACAGCAAAAGGCUAUUACAAUACCUUUGUAAAUUAUUAUUAUUUUUUUUUUCAUUAAAUGUUUAACUGCCUGUGGUAAAUAAAUCCAUUUGUAAUAUGA